AGAUGAUAGCUCGCGCUUUGUUUCUUCUGGCCUGGAUCACGUGGUCUUGUGUAGAGCUCAAACCGUUGCAGUCCCAGAAACUUCUCGUUGUUCUCUUAGAUGGUGUCAGGUGGGACUACGUGGACAAGUUUGACAUGAAGAGUUUGAAGCGCAUUCAUACACUUGGUGCAAGAGCUGGCUACAUGAAAAGUGACUACCCUACCCUCUCCUUCCCGAACUACUACACUAUUAUGACAGGUCUUCACACAGAAAGCCACGGUAUAACAGGCAACUUCAUGUAUGAUGACGUCAAACACGAGGCUUUCCUCAAUGGCAUCAACAAAGACUCCUUCAAGGCCCACUGGUGGGACGGUGGGGAGCCUCUAUGGGUUACAGCUGUUUUACAGAAGAAAAGCAGCUACAUGUUCUAUUGGCCGGGGUGUGAGGUGACCAUCACACCAACCUACUGUCGUAACUUUACAUACGAGCAGACGUUGGAAGACUUCCAGGAUGCUCUAGACGAGAGCCUGCAACUGCUGACCACUGGAACAACGGACUUGGCAGGUCACGUGUACUUGGGCUCAUUCACACCUCACGUGUACACCCUACUAAAGACGUUUAGCCCUCACAUGAAAGUCUACAAAAAGUCGGACAUUCCCAGCAGGUUUUUCUACAAGCAUGGAAAGCAUGUCUCCCCUCUCACAUGUGUGGCUGACCUGGGAUGGACCAUAAUUCAUCCUUUCUCCGGUUUCCCAACGAAGAAGAACUCCACAUUUGUCGCCAGUCACGGGUACGACAACAAUCAAGCAGACAUGAGGGGAAUAUUUUAUGCUGUUGGACCAAGUUUCAAACCCCAGUCAACCGUGGACUACAUCAAUGCUGUCGACCCCUACAACAUCAUGUGUUCCAUUCUCGGACUCCGCCCCGCCCCAAAUAAUGGGUCAUCACUCAAGAUUAACCGACUCUUGAAAAAAAUCAAAAGUUCUAAUUGA